AUGUCUCUUGAUGUUUAUCAAGCGUUCUCCCGUAAGUCCGUCUUCUUGACGGGGGGAAGUGGCUUCAUGGGAAAGGUACUCAUCUUCAAACUGCUCAAGGAAUUUCCUGACAUAGAGGCUAUUUACGUCCUCAUCCGCGGGAAGAAAUCACGCAGGUUGAAGCGGUAUCUGAAUCCGCAAGAACGUAUCGAAAAGGAGGUAUUGGGCUCACCUUGCUUCGAUCCUCUCCGGACAGCCAUGGGCGACGAUAAAUUCAAGGCAUUUGCUUCUCGUGUGGUGAUUGGGGUAGAGGGAAAUAUAACGGAUGAUCGUCUUGGGCUAAGCGACAAGGAUUUUAAGACAAUCCAACAAUCUGUGAAUUUUAUUGUGCAUAUGGCUGCUACAGUGAACUUUGAUGAACGACUCAACGUGGCAGUUGAAACCAACACCCUGGGCUCCCUGCGUGUUCUUGCGAUAGCAAGAGAAUGCAAGAAAUUGGAGGCCAUGGUACACGUCUCCACAUGCUACGUUAACUACAAUAUUCAGGGGAGCACCGUGGAGGAAUGUCUUUACCCACUUCCAUUUGACCCAGAAGCUAUGUGCAAACACAUCCUCGCAUUGCAUGAUGCUGAAAUAGAUACGGUUGCUCCAAGUUUACUCCAAAAAUACGGAUUUCCGAAUACAUAUACCUUUACGAAAUCUAUGGGAGAGCAACUGCUCCGCGCAUGCAAAGGUAAUUGCCCUCUGGCUAUUGUCCGUCCCUCUAUAGUGGGGUGUAGCUUGAAGGAACCGUUUCCAGGAUGGGUUGAUGCACUUACAGCGGCUGGGGGUUUGAUUCUGACGACUGGUUUAGGUGUGGUGAAGGAGGUUUUGGCUUCCCCAGAGGCCGUUUCAGAUAUUGUUCCGGUGGAUUUUGUUGUUAACACUAUCAUAAAGGCCCUUUUCAAGACUCAGUAUUACUACAAGAGUCAACAAGUUGAAAUUACGGCGACUGAAGGGUCUAAAGAGAGUCAUGUCGGUGGAAAGCUACUCAAUGCCCUUGCAGCACCAGAAGCUGUAAAAAAAAAUGGAAAUGGUGGGAUGGAGGGUAGGGUGUCUCGUUUGACCGCGGCUGCCAUUCAGCAACAAGAAGAACAGUAUACUGCUUCUCCUGUGUCGUUUUUUGCUCGCUCUGAACCGUCGGAGACCGGUGUUCCAUUUGUCUACCAAGCAGCAACUUCAUCUUCUGUAAAUAGCCUCACAUGGGGACGCAUCCGCCAUGCCACACGGUACUAUUGGGGUUCAAAGGUUCGACAUCCAAAGGCGAUUGGGCCUAUGUCAGCGGACAUAGUUCCGUCUGUUACUGAGUUUCGUCUGCGGUUUUUCUUUUUGCGAGAAUUGCCCCUUCAUGUGCUCCGUUUUGUGGCUUCCCUUCCUCCGCCUAUAGGAUCUGAGGAGAGGAAAGUAUUGGUUCAGAAACUUUCCAAGGCCGUUUUUCGCGCCAAGGAUCUCAAUCGCCAAUUCAGCGCCUUUACGUUGCAUGAAUGGGUCUUUGCUGCGACAAAUACAAAGUCGUUGGAUGAGGGCCUCAAUGAACGAUCUCGCACGGCAUUUUACUUUGACACGUACAUGAUCAAUUGGUGGCACUACGCCCAGUUGUAUUGUCACGGUAUGCUGAAGCACAUCAUCAAGGACACAGGAUCUUAUGCAUUCCCAGACCAGCCACCCAGCCCCGUCGAUGUCUUCAAGAGGGCUUCGUCGCUUUGA